CUGUCAUGCAAGAAUGUUUUGAGGCUGUCGUGCGUUUUUCUGAUAAACUUGGCCAUGUCUCAGAAGGAACUCAAGGAAGCGUUUGUCAGUCAUCUCAAUGGUACCACUUUGACAGAGGUGACUUUUGGUUCUUCUCUUGCUCCACUGUGCCUUCUCAACAGAGGACUGCUUCUAAUCAUGUGUCACAGAGGCUCAGAAGCUCUGCCAAUACCAACGCGAUCCAUUUUACAUCUUCUCUUUGAUUAUACUGCUGUAAUUGUCCCCCUUGUCCUAUCAUGCACUAUUCUAAGUGACAUUCUUUUCCAAGUUGUCAUUAGUCUAUCCCUUAUUUCUGUGUGUAUGCUUGCUUAUAUCUGCCACUCUAACACACGUUUUAUUGAACCAAAACCUUUUCUCGCAAGCCAUCUUCACUUUGAAAGAGUUCCCUUUGUCUCCAACUUCCGAGUUUUUGUCAUUUUGAAAACGGCCAUCAGCAUUUUGGCCGUGGAUUUUGCAAUCUUUCCCAGGAGAUUUGCCAAAACUGAGACCUAUGGCACAGGAGUCAUGGACUAUGGCGUUGGAGGGUUUGUCUUUGCAAAUGCCCUCGUCUGUUCAGAAGUUCGGAGAAAAGGCGUCACAGGAUCCAAGUUGAAUUACAUCACAAAACAGCUGGUAUCAGUCUGGCCUCUGGUUGCACUUGGUCUAGGGAGGUUAAUAAGUGUGAAAAUGACUGGUUACCAUGAGCAUGUGACAGAAUAUGGUGUCCACUGGAAUUUUUUCUUCACACUAGCCCUUGUUAGAGUGUCUGCAUCAAUAUUUUUAGCUGUUAUGCCAAUCGACCAGUGUUUGAUUUUUUCUUUGUUAAUUGCUGUAAUGUAUCAAUUCAUUCUAGACACAACUGGACUGAAAGAAUUUAUUGUUCUCAACAAUGACAGAGACCUGGGCUUCCUUCAUUCAAACAAGGAGGGCAUAUUCUCUGUAGUGGGAUAUGUGGCCAUCUACCUUGCAGGUGUACACGUGGGAGUGUAUGUUAUGCAGCAGCGUGUAACUGUCAAAGAGUGGCUACGUGCGCUUAUUUAUCUUUUAAUGUCAAGUAUUGGUCUGUAUGCUGCUGUGUGUUUAUGUCAGGUACACCUGGAGCCUGUUUCCCGGCGUUUGGCUAAUUUACCUUUCUGUCUUUGGAGUAUUGCCCAGUCUCUCUUCUUUGUAUCUUCUCUUGGUUUGGCUGAUUUGCUUCUUUUAUUUUCUAAAAGGUCAUUAAGUGUUGACUGUGUGCCGUCUUCGUGGAGUCUGUUCAGAGAACAGGAGGACCUUUCAUCGCUGAAAAACAAAGAUGAUUUGAAAAGACUUUGCCUUCUUCAAGCUAUUAACAGAAAUCUCCUGAUUUUUUUCCUGCUUGCAAAUGUCAUAACAGGAGUGACCAACUCUGUAGUAGAUACCUUAAACUGUACUGAAGAGUUCGCUGUGUAUGUUUUGCUGUCAUACAUGUUUCUGAAUUGUUUUGUCAUAUAUGUUUUACAUAUCUUUGGCAUCACAAUAAAAUUCUGGUGAAAGU